CAGAUGAAGAGUAACCCUUCUCCUUCACCCUUAUUUGCAGAUCACAGGCCCUGAUAACAAGGGCAUUUACAAAGGAGAUAGAGAAUCCAGUGGAAAAUAUACCUUCGCAGCUCACAUGGAUGGGACGUAUAAGUUUUGCUUCAGCAACAGAAUGUCCACCAUGACUCCAAAGAUAGUGAUGUUCACUAUUGACAUUGGAGAAGCUCCAAAGGGGCAGGAUAUGGAGACAGAAGGUGGUGGAGAUACCUGGGAUGCUCACCAGAACAAGCUAGAAGAGAUGAUUAAUGAAUUAGCAGUGGCCAUGACAGCAGUCAAGCACGAACAGGAAUACAUGGAAGUUCGUGAAAGAAUACAUCGAGCAAUUAACGACAACACAAAUAGCAGAGUGGUCCUCUGGUCGUUCUUUGAAGCCCUUGUACUAGUUGCCAUGACACUGGGACAGAUCUACUACCUGAAGAGGUUUUUUGAAGUCCGGAGAGUUGUUUAAUCAAACUUUGCUCCCAGUCCCCUUUCCAGUGAUCCCAGACUCUGUUCACUCUUUACCAAACAACUUUGUUGCAAAAAUCACGUACUUUUCUUUAUCCCCUGCAUCCCGAACUAUAAAACUUAAGUUUAAUGUCUUCUUAGCUUAAUUUUGUUUUGGUUUUGAUAUGAGGGGAUACCUGCUGUGAGUUAUUUUCUGAAAUUGGAAGACUUUGUUUCUCAUAAGCCAAAAUGAGUUCAACCAAAAUGACAGAAGUUAGUUGGAAAACAAUACUGUUGCUUAACUCUUAACUCUUGAUUCUUUUCUCUCUUUUUGUUUCUUGAUUUUUUGUAGCAAAAUGCGGAUUUUUAUUAUUUUUUUUGGUCUAGGGGAAAUGGUACAAGGCUUUUUCAUAAUAGCAUAUAAACCUGUGGGGAAGAUUCUCUAACUCGAUCAAUGGAUUUCCUCUCUACUUUCACAUAAGGGAAGAGUUAUGGUGUAUCCCAGUCCUGGCAGUGCUUCCACAAAAAGCCAUUAUGCCAAGGAAGAAACAAACACAGUGUUGUUCAGACAUAGAGAAACUAGGGGUGGUUCAGUUAGGAUAUGUUUAGGCGGCUUCUGUAAAAUCCCCAGUACCUUUAUGGUGAUUCCACCAAUUUGUUCAUUGAGGUACUUGUUUAAAUGAGAGAUGGAAGUACAACCCUGCUGAAUAUGGCCUUAGCUUGCAAACCUGGAAACUGGCAAUCGUUGGGGAUUUGGCUAAGCGUAACGUCUUCCCCUCUCCGUUUAUCGUUCCAAAGCCAGUCCUUUCUAUAAUACUAUGGUAGAGCCAGGACACCUGAUGUCAGAUGGUUUCAGCGUUUGGGCGGGGUGGAGGAAGAAGGUUUCUACAGUGCUCUGCAGCCUGAGCAACUUGGUCAUGCCAACCUCGGAUUGCGAUCACCUUUCCUGUGAGGAAGACUCCUGUGCCUUUUAUGUGACUGAGAGAAAUGAGACAGAAAAACGCCGCUGAAUCUUCCCCAGAGGCUUUUGCACACUGAAUAGCAGCAGCGCAGUGCGUGUGCCCUUUCACAUUAUUACUGCACUUCCAUAAACUAUCUCCUGAGCUUUUCCUCGUUGCCCUGCUGUUAAAGGCACAGGAGCCUCUGUCAAGAAAGGAGUUGGUGUUCCCAAUUCAGCCAUCUUGGAAGAAAUAUCUAUUUUCUGCUUGUUCUCUCUUCACACGUUGACAUAAUUUUUUAUAGGAUGUGGUUUUUUUCCCCCUUGCUUAUCCGGAUGAUGGAAUUAACAAUCACCACGUUCGUCUGUUAGGGUGGGUGCUGAUCCAAGAUUAUGUGGUGGCUGAUGUAUAUUGGUUAUAAUUGGGGGUGGGAGUGGGUUCUUUUCCAAGGGGGGGAGCAUUCUGUCAGUAAUGCCUAAAAGAGUUUUGUACCAAAUUUAAUUUAAUUAAAAUUUGUUACAAGUUU